GCUGGUGAAAGGAUACCAAUAUGGCUGCCAUGACAUGUCAUUAAUAACACUCCGUUCCCGGUGGUAAUUUAAGCCAUCAGGCUACAUUUUCCAACAUUUUUAAAACUUAAUUCCAGUUCGCGUGUUUUUACAGCAAAAUGUACCAUUUUAUCGGCGGGAGAGGCGUCUCAGCGGCCCGGUUCCUCGCGUCAAGGAGCACCGUGCUCGUGGAGGCUGUCCGGGGUCGAAAGUCCCGCAACGACCCGGUGGCCAAGUCCAAGGAGGGUCGGAUCAAAGUUCCACCCCCCGUCGAUCCAGUGGAGAUGGUCGUUCUUAACGAGAGAUACACGGAGUAUCAGCUGAUCUUGAGGGCACUUCGUCUGGAGUUUAAGGAAGAGGUGCUGAGAAAUAUGUAUGAGGAGGAGAUGGGUUCUCAGGUGGAGAGCAGGGCAAGAAUGGAGAUGGAGGAGCAUCGCUCCCUGAUGGCCUGGAACGAUCAGGAAAACCUCCGUACACUCCAAGCAAGAAUAUUAAGAGUGCAGAAGGAAGAGGAGGAAGCCCAGCACAGGAAGAUGGAGCUGGCCCUUCAGCGCGAGGAGGAACAGCAAGAGUUCAUCAAACAAAGAGAGAAGGAGAUUUUACAGCUGCAGGAGGACGCAAAGAACUUCAUCACCCUGCAAAACCUAGACCAACGAAUUGAGGAGGCGCUGGACAAUCCAAAGAAUUACAACUUUGCUGUUGAUAAAGAAGGAAGAGUUGUUAAAAGAACAGUUCUGCAGUGAGACAGCUGCUUUAUUGUGUUUGUGUGUGAAAGGAUACAAGAAAACAAAUGACACGCACACUGAGACUGUUAUCUCCGUUCAGGGUCCAGAUACGUCUGGGAAACCAUGUUUUCUGAAUCUGAAUAUUUAGCGAUUUUUUUCAUAUUUGUUAAAAACCUCCUGCUGAACCAGACCGUUUAGCCACACCCUCGACUAAGUUUUUGUUUGUCUUUUUAAAGUUGUGCUCUCUCACCACUGUAUGACAGUUAAAACAUCGCCCAACAAACGUUUGUUUGUGAUAAACAAAUGUGAACGACUGUGAGGUCUUUGGACUCUUUUUGAACAUUAAAUAAUAAAAAUGUGAUUAUCAGCCAA